AUGAUCUUAGACGAGACGAAUCGGAAAAAUCUCAUAUUCCUCAUCUUACAGUUCCUUAACGAAGAGGGCUACGAGGGGAGCUUACACUUGUACGGUGACACUUGUUCCUUUUCCGAUUCUGUAUUCUCUCAGUGCCGGCUGGAGCAGGAUUCAGGGGUUUUCUUCGAUUUUAGCUACUUCUCCAAUGCUAUCAUCAAUGGUAACUGGAAAGACGCAGAGAAUUACCUUUCAGCAUUCACUAGUCCAGAUGCAAAUACUUAUUCAAGGAAGAUGUUCAUGGACUUGUUCAAGUGGAAAUUUUCUGAAGCACCGGAUAGGCAAGCAAUCCCUACUCUUCUUACGAUUCAUUUUAUGACAUUUUUGAGAAAUCCUUUUGUUGGGAAUGCAUGGACUUCAAUGCUUAGUAUCUUUGCCCUAUUGGCUCCAACUUCUGAACCAAGGAUUCCAGAAUUCAUAGUGCUGCAUAGAAUUACUUGUAAUUUUGCUGAAAUGGUUGGAAAACUUUGCUGCCAUGGUGGCUCUGAAUCUGUGAACAUUUUCUCCAAGGAUUUGAGACGGAUUACUGUUUUCAAAGAUGAUGGUUUCGACGAUUUGGUUGAGGUGAUUGAUAUAGAGGAUAUAAGGCAAGGAUUAAGAUAUACAUUGGUGAGAGCCAACUUGUGUGUUGAUCUCCGUAAACUAGCAGACAGCAAUCCUUCUUUACGUGGCAAACUUGUUUUUCCGAAGCUGAAUAGAUAUGCACUGCUGUCGCUUAUCUUCCUCAUAUGUCCUAAUUGUAAUUGGGAAAAGGGCGGAUUGAAGGAAGAUCUCAUUUGCUUAAUCCUUCAAUUUCUCCAUGAAGCAAAGUACAAGAACACUUUGCAUAAACUAGAACAGGAAACAAAAAUCUUCUUCAAUUUAAAUUAUCUGACGGAAGUGAUGACACUCGAUCAAUUGGGCAAAGCUGAAGAAUACCUGUCAGCUUUUACAAACCGAAACGAGAAUAAAUAUUCAAAGGCUAUGUUUCUUGAAAUGCAGAAACUUAAAUGCACAGAAUCUACAGAAUGGGAGGUUACAACCCCACCUGCAUCUCUUGAUAACAUAUCGCGAAAGCUACAUGCCUCUGUUGCCAUGCUUGCCAAGAAGAAUCCAGUACUGAAAGAUAAACUCAAAUUUCCUAGCAUGGAAAAAUCAAGACUUUUAACACUGAUGAAGCAGACUAUGGACUGGUGGAUUCCUCAUUCAUGCAACAGUUCUAAUUCUCUGGAAGAUGUUCCAGUAGUACCAUACCUUUGUGGCGCACCAUCCUCUAUAAAAAACAAAUUUAAUGAAACAGGGCCAAGGACGAAGGUUCAUAACUGCAAACCAAAGGAAAUCAAUGAUCCAUCUGAGUGCAGUGCACUGGUUCUUCCUGAUAAUUGUUCAGGAGGAAGGAUUACACGUUUGACCUAUUCCCCUUCUGGAGAUUUCAUACUUGCUUUGGCAGAAGACGCCACACAUAGACUCUGGACGUGGUCUAGUAGCCAAAAUGAAUUCUGCAAGGGUACUCCUCGAGUAUUAAAGGAAAAUGUAUUUCCGAAGCCACGAUUACAUCAACCUCAAAGUGGGAAAACUAUGAAAAACGAGAUAGCCACCUCUGUUCAGAAUUCAACGUCAUGCUUGGCAAUCAAGGGUUCCCAUCUUUUCUCUACUUCAGGAGGAAAAAUAGCAAUUUUUGAUCUAAAGAGUUUUGAGAAGGUAGCUGCGUUUGGAAGUCCUACACCUACGGCUACAUAUUUUAUAUUUAUUCCUGGUGAUUUGCUUGCUGUCGGGCUAGAUGAUGGCUCUAUCUUUAUCCAUUGUUUAUUCUCGAGAAAGAUCAAAGCAAAACUAGAGGGCCACAAUCAUGGAAUAGCUUGCCUAGCAUUUUCCCGCUGUUUUAAUGUCCUCGUCUCAUCCGGAGCUGAUGGAAAGCUCUGUGUUUGGAGCACAAAAAGCUGGGCAAAGCUAACAAGUAUAAACUCCGUGCAUAGAUUUUGCAUUCGACAUCACCAUGAGUCAUCCUCUUUAGUAACUCCCAUCCAGUUUGACCCGUAUCAAAUUGAGCUACUCGUGGUCCAAGAGUGGUCGAUAGGUGUAUACAAGGCCCCAACUCUCGAUUGCCUUGGGCAGUGGGUACCCGAGGAAUCUGAUGCUUCGAUAACUUCUGCUACGUAUUCUUCUGAUGGUGAGAUCAUCUAUGUUGGUUUUAGAAGCGGGUCUAUAAAAAUUGUCGACUCCAAUACCUUCGUGACGAUAUGUCGCAUCAAUCUGACAGCUUUUAUUCAACCCAGCCCCAGCAAUAUCUGGCUCGUGGUUUAUCCGGCUGUUAUAGCCGCUCAUCCGUCACAUCCGACCCAGAUCUCUGUAGGGCUCAGCAACGGUAAGGUUAUUGUAAUUCAGCCGUUGGGGAGAGGAGGAUGGGGUGAAGCAGUUCCACCUGAAGACAAUGGAGAUUAUCCUGAUGACUUCGAUCAUUGUUACUGA